AUGUACAGCACCGUCGAGCGGGCCGUGCCGCGGACGGCUGCAGGCGACCGCGACGUGAAGAAUUGCGAUCGAGAUGGACUCAAGGACGCCAUCUCCCACGCGCAGCGGGACGUCAAAGCGUUGUACGAUGCGGCGUGGGCCGCCUGCGCUGAGGCGGCGGAUGACCUGCUCCGGGAGACCGCGGCGCUCCAGGCGGAAUUCCCGGGCGAGAAGCCGCCGCGGUGCGCGCUCCCGCGGGAAGCGACCGUCGAGGCGCUCGUCGCGAUGGCCAGCGAGCGCGCCGAGGCGAUGCACGCGGCGCUCGAGCAGCCUGUCAAGGAGUCCGGCGGCGCCUACUUCCAGGGCCCGCGCAAGGGGACGCCGCGCAUCACGGAGAAGGCCGAGGCGGACUACGACGGCGACGUCGCGCGAGUCGUCGACGUCGAGCGCGCGACGGGCGUCUACGGCACCGCGAACGACUUCAACGCGGCGAUCUCGAAGCUGCGCGCGGCGGCGCGCGGCGAGGAGCUGAGAAUUCUACGGUGCAAGGACAAUCUGCGGGGCGGGACGUCGGGCUACCGCGACGUCAAGCUCAACGUGGACGUGGACGGCUUCGUCGGCGAGCUGCAGCUCACGUUCCAGAGCAUCAAGGAGAUCAAGGACUCGGGCGCGCAUCAG